AUGUUCGGGAGUCUCUUGGAUUAUCUGUUGACCGCUGCAAACGACAACUGGAACGCAAAGAGCUUCAAAUGUUAUAUAAGAAGAAAUCAUUCCGAAGCUGUGGUCUCCGAUGUUGCACUUCAGAUGCUCUGGAGAAGUUUCCAUUUCUUUGCCCAUUACCCAUUUUCUCAAGAUCCGCAACAUGGCAAGGUCGAAUUUGAUGUCUUUCAACGUGCAACCAGUCUUCUGGUUUUCCGGCGGAAUGGCUACCUCAGCGCUUGUGGACUUUACGGCGUAGUGUCAGAGUACUACCCAGAAUUUCAUGACAACGCCUGCUUUAGGCAAAUGUUCAGAAGCAUUGGAAUCCCAGGGACUAUAUCCCAAUGCAGAGACGUAACGGUUUCUACCUCAAAUGACACGACCUUUGUCUCAUGGGAUAUCGUGGAUUCUUUGGGUUUGGUUGUGCCUUGUUUUAUAUCCUCGUCUCUACCACGAGAUCUGCUUGAAAUUACAGCGAAGAAGAUACUCGCAAAUUCAUCCAUCUUAUUACAUAGAGAGGUGAGGCGGGAAGCUGUAUCAACGCUAAUAGACUUACUACUACGUGAAGAGUUGACAGCAGCCUUGGUGGAUAGCUUGAUUAACGGUGAGAAGCUGUCGCCUACUCAGUAUACCAGAGCUUGUGAUGUAUUGCCUAACCUUGACUUGAGAUUCUAUCAGUUAUGGGCGAUCCUUUUCCAACCUUCAGCACCUGUUAUCGAGCUAAAACCAUCUCAACCUGGGCCGUAUAUCAAUGGUGCUAUUUCGCUCUUUAUACCACAAUGGGGGAAUAGUCAUUCUUACUGCUUAUACGAGGAGCAAAUAGUCGUCCUGUGUUUGAGAGAUCACAAAUUUCACCGGCUGUUCGGCCGUCCAUCCCCUAUGUUCAUUACAUAUGAAGACGGGCAUCAGUUUAAUUCUUCACUACUUGUUUUCCAACUUCAGCCUAUCUUUCGAGUCCUGCGCUUAGGAAAACCUAUUAUCUCUCUUACGAACUCAAUCAAAACUGGAGAGCAUGGAAUAUCACUUGCAGAAGUUGUGGCAUGCAAGGGGUCAUUCAGCUUCCCAUAUUGGAUUGGGCACGAGAUAAGCCAAGGUUCUAGUAUCAGAAUCGACCCCAACCAAAAGACAGCAACGCUUGUGAGCGGUAAGCGGCAGUUGAAUAGAGAGUUUAACCUAGAUGAAGGAGAUGGUAAGGAUUGGGAGGUUACGAUUCAGGACCCGAAGAUGGACAUCUUAACGGUGAACGAGAAAGAUGACCAUCUUGAGGAGAUCGAUAUCCCAGUGGUGACAGGGGAGGAGCUUGAAAGACUGAGAAAAACAAUAAUCGACGUGGUCAAAUACAGAGAUGAGAGAUUGCACUGA